CUCAAUUAGAAUAAUUAAUCAUAUAUAACCAUGGCCAUUAUUACCCACAUUAAUUCAUGGAUUCAAAUAAUGACCAUUGCAUUCCUUAUGCUAAUCCACAAUGUGAAUUCAGCAUCAUUCACAUUCCCAAACUUUUGGUCACCCACAAAGGACAUUGUCUUCGAGGGUGAUGCCGAUUACUCAAACGGCGGUUUAACUCUCACAAAGAUUGUAAACAGUGCUCCCAUUGGCAACAGUGCCGGCCGAGCCUCCUAUUCUUCCCCCGUGCGCCUCUGGGACGCCAACACCGGCAACCUCGCCGCUUUCACCACCACCUUCUCCUUCACCGUGGAACCAUUCCUCUAUAAACCCUUCGGUGAUGGCAUCGCCUUCUUCAUUGCGCCCUUCGUAUCAGAGCUGCCCAAAAAUUCAAGUGGCGGAUACCUAGGGCUCUUUAACGCCGACACUGCUUUGAAUUCCUACAAAAAUCAAAUAGUUGGUGUUGAGUUUGAUUCGUUUAGCAAUGCAUGGGACCCUAACACUGCUCAUAUUGGGAUUGAUGUGAAUUCCAUUGCUUCAGUAACAACAACGCCAUGGCAACCGGGGAAUGUUGCAUCUGCCACAAUUGAUUAUGAGCCUGUAAGCACAAACUUAAGCGUUUCUGUGAGAUAUUUGAAUGGGAGUUCGAGUAGUAUUUCGUUUGUGAUUGAUUUGAGGACUGUGCUGCCUGAAUGGGUUAAGGUUGGAUUCUCUGGUUCAACUGGACAAGUUGUUGAAGUACACAGGAUUCUUUCCUGGUCUUUCAAUUCAACUUUCUACUAGCUGCCUUUGAAGCAUCAUCUUUUCUAUCUUUUGUUAUUAUUGUUUGUGGUCUUUAUUUAUGUCUUCACUAUCAUUCAAUGUUGAAAGUAAGUCUAUUAAACUUGGCAUUUCUACUUCUAUCAAAUUGAAUGACAUUGCUGUAAUGCCCUGAA